CUUGGAGGCGCUACGGGGGUCGAUUUUGGAGCAUGGGAAGUUUCGAUGCUGCCGCAUUUCCCGGAGCUCGACGUCUAUCCGCCGCCCACGACACGACAUUUGGCCGGGCAAAGAGAGGUAUUGACCAAUCCCCCACACCAGCGCACCGGUGACAUCGACAUCCUCGUCAACUGAAAUAGACACGUCAACAAGGCCACAAAUCCUAAACCAGCAGUAAAAAUGCAGCCGACGCGCGCCCUCCUGGGCAUGCGCUAUCGCAAGUUGCGAUUGACGACCAAGGACGUCAACAAGGGCUUCUAUAAGGGCACGGGCUCAGGGGCGAUGGGUCGGCACACCAAGUACGGUGGCUACAAGAUCGAGUGGAGCAGGGUGCGGACAUACGUGUGCCCGUCGCUCGAGGGCUUCAAGCUCACGCCGUUCGUCACCAACAACAUGCGCCCGACAUACGGCGUGUACAACGACGCCAACGGCCCACGCAACCCGGCCAACUAUCUGUCGCGGUGGAAGUCCGAGAACGGCCUAGACUGAGCGGUGCAAAGGCUGACCUGCUUGCUGUGUGUAACAUAAAAAGAAGGGAGAGGGAGUGCUUGCGAUCUAGUCUCAUUUACUCGAGGGCGUGUCUGCGAUCAGCCAACAACAUAUAUAUAUAUAUGGGAGAGCUGCUGGUGGCACGCACACACACGCACCUCAGUCCCUAGGUUGGCGUUUUUGAAGAAAAAGGGAGGCGUUACAGGGAGCACUUUUGCUCUGUGUUUGAUUUUGUAUUAGUCAAUGUAUGAAAUAUCUAUACUGUACCAACACGCCGGGCCCCAGGCGCGCGCCGCCGGCCGUCUGACUCUCACCAUUACGCAAAUAAUAACGAACAAAAGGGGUAAAAAUAUCAAAAGGAAACAAACAACAAGCAAAAAAAACAUACAACACCAGGGAUU